GUCACGUGGUAUUGUUUUGAUUUUCAAAAUUCACGAAAUUCAUUAAAAAAUUAAAUUUCACAGAAAUUAAUGCCUUAAAAUGUCGGAAACCUUCGAAUCUUUUGGUUUAUCGAAGUGGCUGCUGACACAAAUCGAAAAAAUUGGCUUGACAACGCCGACGCCCAUCCAAAAAGCCUGCAUUCCCGAAAUCCUCGCUGGAAAAGAUGUCAUUGGCGCAGCAAAAACUGGUUCUGGCAAGACUUUCGCCUUUGCUCUUCCAAUUAUUCAGAAGCUGAGUGAGGAGCCUGCGGGAUUUUUCGCACUUGUGUUGACGCCAACGCACGAACUCGCCUACCAAAUUUCCGAACAGUUUCUCGUUGUGGGCAAAUCGAUGGGAUUGCGGGUUGCCGUCAUCUCCGGAGGCACCGACAUGCUCGAAGAAAGUCAAAAUUUGAUGAAAAGACCGCAUGUAGUAGUUGCGAUGCCGGGAAGACUUGCGGAUCAUUUGACAGGAUGCGACACAUUUUCCUUUGAUGCACUGAAAUUUUUGGUUGUGGAUGAGGCAGAUCGCGUUUUGUGCGGCAGUUUCGAUGAAAACUUGAAAAUUAUCAAUGCAAAGUUGCCGGAAAAGCGUCAGAAUUUGUUUUUUUCGGCGACGUUGAAGGAUUUUCUCAAGGAAUCGCAAGUUUUUCCUAUUAGCAAAGACGUUCUCGAGUGGAGUCAAGAGUCGCAAGUGGCAACGGUCGAAACUUUGGACCAGAGAUAUAUUUUGUGUGCGGACUACGAUCGAGAUAUGGUGUUAAUUGAGACGCUGAGGAAGUUCAAAGAGGAGAACGAACGAGCUAAUGUGAUUAUUUUUACAAAUACCAAAAAGGACUGCCAACUCAUUUCGAUGACGCUAAAUGCAAUCGGCUUCGAGAAUGUUUGUCUUCAUGGCUUUAUGCGACAAAAGGAACGUGUUGCCGCCUUAGCUAGAUUCAAAUCUGGGCAUGUAAAAGUGUUAAUAGCCACCGAUGUGGCAAGUCGAGGACUGGAUAUACCCUCGGUGCAGCUGGUUUUGAAUCAUCGUUUACCUAAAUUCACGAAGGAGUACAUUCAUCGCGUCGGAAGAACAGCAAGAGCUGGCAGAGAUGGGUUAGCGAUCUCAAUUUUUCGGUUUCCGAGAGACUUGGAGUACUUGGCGGAGGUUGAGGAGCAAAUUGGAACCAAAUUGUCGGAACAUAAAAUUGAUCAACGUCUCGUUGAACGAAUCUUCAUGCAAGUAAGUGUCGCGAAACGCGAAGCUGAAAUGCAACUCGACACAAAAGACUUUGACGAGCGCAUCCAGAACUACCGAAGAAAACGUUGGUUAGAAGAAGGCUUGGAUCCCGACAAAAUGGAGGAAAAAUAUCGCCGCGAACAGAAGAAAAAACUAAAAGAACGCCGAAAAGCGUAUCAAGAAGAAGCAAUAAGACGCAAAAAGGAGCAAAAUCCGAUGAUGCAAGAUGAACGUUUCAAAUCGAUUGACGCACAAAAAUUCGAACGCCCCAAAAAGGUCAAAGGUGAAAAAUUCGACAAAAAAUCCGAAAAAAUCCAAAACCCGAAAAUAACUCCACUGAAGGACAAAAAAGGUCAAAAAAUGAAGAAAAAAAGUUAAUAAAAUUUU